CUGCCUCACACGCAUUCUGAUAACUCGAUUCGAGAUCAUUCGGAUCAGCGUGAAGUUGAAGUUCAACGCCAGUCGCUGGUGCUCGUGCCCGAGCCCGUGUCGGUGGCGGUGGCGACCCUGAGACGCAGACGCAAAGCGAUAAGCGCAUUGCAAAAUUGGAGUAACAAAUCACUCUCCUCCGCUCCCAAGUCUUAUUCCCCCCUCUUACUUACACGCUCUCACUAACACGCUCUCUUUGUGCAGUCACUAAGGUCACGUCGGAUGGAGAGCCGCAUGGCAUGAUGACCAUGGUGGCGGGCCUGUCCGGACUAUUGGCAGCCAUUAUCAUUCUGGCCGUGCUUGCCUCCAUGGUAGCCUGUCGCAAGCAGAAAAGCACCACCAGCAAUAACAACAAAGAGAACGGCAACAGGAGGCUGAGCAAGAAAUCGAUAAAUGUGGCAAUGACCAUUGUCGAGGAGCAGCCGCAGCUGGCGGGCAACCUAAAUGCAGCCUUCGCAGAGAGCACACUGACCCUCCAUGACCAGGAUAAGUACAUGGACAAGGAGAACGACGACAGUCAGUGGACAGGCAACACGCCCACGUCCGUUGUGGUGGAGCGGUAUUAACCGAACGGAUGGACGUGUGACGUGAAGACGUGAUGCAAUGUGAACGCUUGAGACUGAGGCGGCGGUGGCGCCGCCACAUAGAUUUAUGCAUACCAUUUCAUAUUAUUAUUCACUUAUUUUUAGUGGUUUGUUUAAAAAUAUAACCGUAGCUUUAAACCUUGUUCAACAAA